UUCCCCAACAAAUGAAAAAAUAAUGCCCUUGAACGAGGACUGAAACUGAACUAUCUAAGGAAAACAGAGUGAGCAAACACUGAGAGCCGAGGGAAACCAUCUGAUUAGCAGAGCUCCCCUUGGGCGCAGGUCGGUGCACAGCGUGGGCAGCAGGAAGGAGGCAGCUUCUCCCUGGUGGCGCUGCAGGACGAGAGCGCCAAGGCCAUGUCCACCACCACGUGCCAAGUGGUGGGUUUCCUCCUGUCCCUCCUGGGUCUGGCGGGCUGCAUCGCCGCCACAGGAAUGGACAUGUGGAGCACCCAGGACCUGUACGACAACCCGGUCACCGCCGUGUUCCAGUACGAAGGGCUCUGGAGGAGCUGCGUGAGGCAGAGCUCUGGGUUCACCGAGUGCCGGCCCUACUUCACCAUCCUGGGCCUUCCAGCCAUGCUGCAGGCAGUGCGAGCCCUAAUGAUCGUGGGCAUAGUACUGGGUGCCAUCGGCCUCCUGGUGUCCAUCUUUGCCCUGAAGUGCAUCCGCAUUGGCAACAUGGAGGACUCCGCCAAGGCCAAAAUGACACUGACCUCUGGAAUUGUGUUCAUUAUCUCAGGUGUGUGUGCAAUUAUUGGCGUGUCUGUGUUUGCCAACAUGCUGGUUACCAACUUCUGGAUGUCCUCGGCUAGCAUGUACAGCAGCAUGGGUGGGAUGGUACAGACUGUUCAGACCAGGUACACCUUUGGUGCAGCUCUGUUCGUGGGCUGGGUCGCUGGAGGACUCACACUAAUUGGGGGCGUGAUGAUGUGUAUCGCCUGCCGUGGCCUGACACAGGAUGAUACCAACUACAAAGCCGUGUCUUAUCAUGCCUCGGGUCACAAUGUUGGCUACAAGUCUGGAGGCUUCAAGGCCAGCACUGGCUUUGGUUCCAACACUAAAAAUAAGAAGAUAUAUGAUGGGGGUGCCCACACAGAGGAUGAGGGACAAUCUCCUCCUUCCAAGUAUGACUACGUGUAAUGUUCUAAGAUCCUUCAGAAUGGACAGAAGAAACCCUCCCCCAAGAGAGUUCACACCAAAACAAGGAGACUCUAUCUUGAUUCCUUAUUGCUUUUGACUCAGAGUCUGAAGUUAGAAAGACUUGAUUUCAUCUGUUCUGAGGCCAGAUGGUCUUGGCUACAUGUCUCUGUCUCUAAAUAGUCCAACACAAAACAGCUGAGUUAUCAUUUGUAAAGUAGAGGCCAUACAGUUCACAUUGUCCAAAACACUAUUUUUUAAUAUAACUUUUAAAAUCUGAUGAUAGAAUGUGGUUUGACUCCCUGACACUUUGAUUUAGAUAGACUCUUCCUGCUCCUUCUAUUUAAUAAACCCAUUGACCAUCUAUUUUCCAGCUUGUUAAAAGGAAAAAAAGAAAGUAGAUCCAAAGACAUUAUUUUCUGCUGUUUGAUUUUUGCCUCUCCCAUUCCCAACUGGCUCCUAAUAAACACUAAAUGGAGAAGAAAUGAUAGGGAAACGCGUCAUCUAUCCAGCCCACUCUCUUGAGUUUUCUUUGCUAUGACCUUAAAAGUUACUGGACCAAAGUGAUUUUCUAGUUGAGGCAACCAAACCUUUCUGCAUCUGUUGGCAUCUGCUAAUUCCAGCAAGAUCAUCCAGUGGGAUUCUGCAAGUCAGAAAUUGGGCCUAGGGGACUGAGAAAAGAAUGUUUUAUAAUCUAAGUGUAGUCGGAAAUCUAUUAGCAAAAUGAUUCUCUCCCCCCACCCCCGUGUGUAUUUGUGACUUAGCUUGACCCUUACACAUAGAUAAGAAGAAAAUGAAAAAAAUACUGUCUUUGACAUUGUCUAUAUUGUACUACUUUGUGAAGUCACAUACAAGUCCAAAUUCCACAAAAAGCUCGCUGAUUCUAAUUCUUCCCUUCUGAGGCCUCCGAGCCUGAUUAUACAUGAUAAUAAAUGAAAAUCAUGUAAAAGACAAAUAAUGGAACGCAGAAAUUCCUAGGAAGUGGCUAAAAAUAAGUUCCCCUAAAAAAAUGGUGAGACUGAAUUUAAUGUUUUGUGUCCACACUAGCAGUUGACAGUAGCACUUACACUAAGAGCUGUUCCUUUCACUAAAUUGAAAUAUUUGGGUUGAAAUAUUUGAGCUGUAGGCUGAACUGAGAGUUCUUUGCAGCCACAUCCCUGCCCAGUGCUUGUAUCACUGCCCUUUUGAACAGAAAACCUUAACUCCUUCUUCCAGGACACCAGAACCUCAUCCCAGCACCAAAGCCAGAACAGGCUCCCUUAGAAAUGGAGGUAAAGGCAAUCUGAAAGCCACCAAACCAGGGAGGAGCAGUGGCACUGGAAGAAUCUGACUUUGGGAUUAUUAUUUAGAGGAAAAGAAAAUCCUUACAUCAAUAGUGCCUAAGAAAGUGGCCUCUAGGGGGCUUGAUGAAUACUGAGGGGUCUUCAGGUUAAAUGGACCAUGCUGGAUAAAGACCAGAUCAUGGCCCAUUAAAAUGGAAGGAGUAGGGCUGGGGUUGUGGCUCAGUGGUGGAGCGCUUGCCUAGCAUGUGUGAGGUACUGGGUUCAAUCCUCAGCACCACAUAUAAAUAAAUGAAUAAAAUAAAUGUCCAUCAACAUUUAAAAAAAUAUUUAAAAAAUAAAAGGAAGUAGUAGUUUUCACUAAGAGCCAGAGCAGUGAACUCAGAGACCCUCCCACUGUGGCAGUAAGGGUUUUAGGCCAAAUUGGAGAGACACUCCGGGAACUCAUGGCUUGAGGCAGAGUAUGAACAGAUAGAUAAUCCAAUUUGAGAGAAGGUGGGGGAAGGAGGAGGAAAUAAGAAAUCUAGGGCAUGGAGACUUUUAAGGUUCUCAGGAACUGAGUUGAAGGCACAAUUUCUGACUUGCAAUAGGAAGAAGAAACCCCAUUAGAUAAUCUUGCUGGAAUUAGCAGGUUCAUCCCUGCAAGAUGAAGGCCAUGGGUCACAAGGAGCUUUCCCCUAUCACCAGAAAGUCCCUGAUCAGGUCUGAGGCUGAAGGCUCAGUUGGGUUUUCAUUUGGCACAUUCUCUAUUCAACACUUAAUUGUUUGAAAGCCUCCAUGUAGUUAGACUGUGCUUUAUAAUUUUGUUGCUCUUAUUGUAUAUGCAUUGAAUAUUGACCUGCAUGUUUUGUUACUCAAGUAUUAAAAACACCGUUAUCUGCC